AUGCCUUCUUUGGGUCGUCCUGUUCAUGUUUGGAAAGUUGUUGGCGCCAGACCUGUAAUCUCUACCAGACAUCGUUCCCAAUUGCGUCAGAGUGCUACCACAACUGUUUCGGCUACGGGCACGGCCCCGGCUGCUUUGUCGAAGGAAGUGGACCGCUGCUACAACAAGUUAGAUCUUCAGUUCGAUAAUGGAAAGGAAGCUUUCAAGGUUAGGUAACUUUGUUGUAACUACGUCAUUCUUGUUCUUAGGCUUUUGAGACUAUAUUCAAGAUCAAGAUGUGAAAGAUGAGCUUUUUGAGUAUUAAAUUGUGCAAAACAUUUGUGGUUUUGACAGUAAAAUUUCAUGUUAGUUAACGUCAUGUUUUAGAGCAAGUCCAACUGGGAGAUUGUACGUGCUCUGAUCAUUCUGCACGCUUGUGGCAUUAACUAUCUAGUCCAGAACAAUCAACAAGUCUUGUCAUCGUUGCGGAAGCUGGUGGGGCCGACGCUGUUCAAGAAGAUUCUCAAAUCCACCUUCUACGGACAUUUUGUGGCUGGUGAAGAUCGACACGAGGUUGGUUUGUAGGUUUACGCGAGCAAAGUUUACGAUAAGAUCAGGUUUCCCACUUCCAUUGGCUUCCUUGCGCUUAGGACUUCGGCCGCUUCGUAGCACACGGUAUGUGUGGCCUUCAUAAUUCUCACCAGGAUGUUAACAUACGUUGAUUUAGGUAUUACCUACCGCGGACAAGUUGGCUCGGUUCGGGGUCAAAUCGAUUCUGGAUUAUAGUGUAGAGACUGACAUAUCUCAAGAAGAAGCCGAAGAGAAGGCUGUGGAGGGGAUUGUCGGCGAGGAAAGCAUUCCUGAUGUUAUCGCUAACCAGCAGUUUGUCGAUCAGAAGCAGGUGGACGCCACUCAUCAGCGAUACUCUGUGCACAAGGAAUUCGGUGACCGUCGUGUGGAUGUAGUCAGUGCUAGGUACGGUUGUUUUUAACUGUGAUUUGCAGUUUUUUUUUAAUUUUUGAUACACAAAUUUCAAAUGAACCAUGUUCUUAAAUUGUUUAUGAGUUUAAUUAAGAAAAUUUGAAGUUUUUGUUCAUAAGUUUUAAUUUCAGGACCUACUUCUACCAAGGUGAGCGAGAAUGUGACAAGAACGCUGACAUCUUCUGUAACAGUAUCGAUGCUGUCAAAGAAGCUACCAAAGGCCAAGGCUUUAUUGCCAUCAAGCUAACUGCCUUAGGCAGACCUCAACUACUUCUGAAGCUGUCUGAAAUGAUUGCUCAAACUCAACACUUCUUUAAAGCCUUGACUGGAUCCACCUGGGAGAACAUGGUGUUGAGCAAGAUCAGCGAGGAAGACUUUCUUAGAAGAUUGAAGGAGUUUGGGAUCAGGACUGACAGCAAGUUCGUAAAGGAAUGGUUUAAGAUGGCAGACUUCGACGCCGACGGCUUCGUCGAUUUCUACGAUUGGGGCCGACUUCUGGACCUGAGUGAAGAUAUGACCAUGUUUCAGGUCUUCAACAUCAAAACUGGCAAUCUGGAGCCAUUGAUUGUGAACAUGACCAAGAAUGAGCUAGAGGAAUGCCACAACAUGAUGCAGCGUCUUGUUCGUGUAGCCGACCAUGCUACAGCUCAGGGCGUGCGGAUCAUGGUAGACGCGGAACAGACCUACUUCCAGCCAGCGAUCUCUCGGCUAGCUGUCGCUUUGAUGAGGAAGUACAACAACAACGGAGGCAGAGUUCUAAACACAUAUCAAGCGUACCUCAAGAACGCCUUGACUAACAUGAAGAUUGAUAUGCACUUGGCCAGAAGAGAGAACUUCCACUUUGGAUGCAAAUUGGUUCGAGGAGCUUACAUGGAGCAGGAACGGAAGAGAGCUGACGCCGUGGGCUACGAGGAUCCGAUUAAUGUUAAUUAUAACGUGAGUGAUUGAUGAUAUAACACGCGAGGUUUAUACUUUUCUGAUUUAUCGUGGACAAAACCGUUCAAUUCUUGUCCGCCAAAAAAAUCUCAUAAUUUUGUGCGUUUUCUAGUUUUUCUCUAAUGCCGACGGCAAUCAGACAAAAAGAGGGAUCACAUAUAAUUAUGAGAUUUUUUUGGCGGACAAGAAUUCAACGGUUUUGUCCACGAUAAAUCAGAAAAGUAUAAACCUCGCGUGUUAUAUGAUGGUUUUGGCAGGUUUUUUGAUCUUAUUGUGUAGGACAUUAUAAUUAAUAUCACAUUUGGUAGCUUUUUACUACUAAACUAUAAGAUUUCAGGCCACAACGCAAAUGUACCACAGAUGCUUGGACGCGAUUGUUCAGGAGCGCGCUGAACGUGGACCUGGCACUGUAUCUGUAAUGGUGGCCACUCACAACGAAGAAUCAGUAAGAUACGCUGUUCAGUUGAUGAAGGACAACGCUGUAGCGCCAAGUGAGCGGUCUAUUUGCUUUGCUCAGUUAUAUGGAAUGUGUGACCAAGUAAGUUUCAAACAUUUUUUAAAAUUAUUUGUUUAAGCUUUCUUUCUUUUGCCUUUAACAUUAAAACUUAUUUUUUAUUGUAAUUAUCAUAUUGUAAUAACGUUAAGAGAGUAGGAUGAUACAGUGCUGUUAUAAUUAAUACUUUUAGGUAUCGUUCCCACUUGGCCAAGCCGGUUUCUCGGUCUACAAAUACCUUCCAUUCGGCCCGGUCGAAGAUGUUUUGCCAUAUCUCUCACGACGUGCCCAGGAGAACGGUAGCAUUCUGAAGACGGCCGGAAAGGAGCGUCAGAUGCUUUGGGCCGAAUUGAAGCGUCGCUUAGCUUCAGGCCAAUUCAUCUACAACACUCCAUCGUCCAUCUGA